AAGCCUUAUAUAUGAGCUCUAUAACAAUUGCCUCGCCCCUUCUGAUAGCAGCCGUGGACGAACGAAACAAGUGGACGCGUUAUUCUUCCGCCCUUUAGAGGAAAGUUUGAGUAGGGAUUUUGGUGGUGAAGACGCAGGAAGGUGAUGGGCGAUCAUGUGGUGUUGCACGUUGACCGGUUGAUGACUCCCCAAACCGUUGAGACGGAAGGGGGUUCGGCAUCUUCAGCGGAAGCUGCCCCUGUCCCCGCUUUGACCCUUUCUUCCAUAUCGGAAGCCGGCUCAGGCGAUGAGAAAGGAGGGCAGGAGGAAAGCAAGGUUGCUGAGGAAGAGGAGCCUCUUAUUCAGAUGGUAGACUGCCGCAUAUGCCAAGAGGAGGAUCACAUCAAAAACUUGGAGGCCCCUUGUGCUUGCAGUGGCAGCCUGAAGUAUGCUCAUAGGGCCUGUGUGCAGCGUUGGUGUAAUGAGAAGGGUGAUACAACCUGUGAGAUCUGCCAUGAGCAAUAUAAACCUGGGUACACUGCACCACCACGAGGGCAUCCUGAUGAGACCACAAUUGAAAUCAAUGGUGGUUGGAUUAUUACAGGUUCUCCUUUGGAUUUGCAUAACCCCCGGAUACUAGCCAUGGCAACAGCGCAGCGUCACUUAGUUGAAGCUGAAUAUGAUGAAUAUGCAACAAAUGCUAGUGGGGCUGCUUUUUGCCGCUCUGCCGCUCUAAUAUUAAUGGCUCUUUUGUUGUUGAGGCAUGCAUUGACCAUUACGAAUGCUGAUGGAGAUGAUGAUGACGACGAUGCUUCCACCUACUUUUCAAUAUUUCUGCUAAGGGCUGCUGGAUUUCUGUUGCCAUUUUACAUCAUGGCUUGGGCUAUAAGUAUUUUGCAGCGUCGACGGCAAAGACAGGAAGCAGCUACUUUAGCAGCGAGUGAAAUGGCAUUCAUACUGCAGUCUGGCGAACGACGUGGCUUGCACUUCACAUUAGCACCAGAGUCACCUGCCACUCCCCACCAAGAGCCACAACAAUAACAGUUAUUAUUUGGAAGCCUCCUGUCUGUAGGCUUUGUUGAUACAAGAAUAGAUUCUUGUCCAUUCUUGUAAGCUCCGAGGCAUUGGAACCGCAGGUUGCAACUUUGGCAGCAUUUUGCUGCCUCCAUAGGAUGACAUUGAUAUCAAUACUCUUCUUUCAUUUUGUUGUAAAUUUCAGUUGCAUGUAACUUCACGCAUCCCCGAGGCUAAAGUUUUCAAAUUGUACUUAUCCAACUCUCUCUCUCU